AGUGAUCCCAUCUUGGAGCACGCGAGAGCCGCUGCGUUCCAUCCUUACGCAAAUAACAGUUCUCAUUGUUUUUAUCAUUCCAAAUAAAUAACUUUUUUAAUCAAUAUGGCUGUCACAAGUGCCAGGGCGAUUGUGAAUUUGAAGGAGAAGGGACAUUUCGAGCAGAAAAAUGAAACAGAAAGGAUUGAUAAGUAUACGCUGGGCGACGAGCUGGGAGCGCGCUUAGCAGCACUUCAGAUCUGCGCUAUGCCACCCACUGCUUACACCGUUCGCACAUUGACUACUGAUGAUAAAGAGAGCGUACUUCAGUUCCUAAGGAGGUUCUUUUUCAUAGAUGAACCCAUGAAUAAAGCAGUGCAGCUGCUGGAAACUCCAGACUCGCGUUGCCUGGAGCUGGAAGAGUAUGCUACCUGCAGCUUGGAAGAUGGCGUGUCGGUCGCGGCUGUUGAUGAUCAUGGAGAAUUUGUGGGCCUUGUCAUUAACGGAAUUGCUAAAAGAGAGGAAGUAGACUACACAGACAAAUCAGAAGACUGCCCGCACCCUAAGUUUCGUCGCAUCCUCAAAGUGCUGGGGCACCUGGACCGGGAAGUAAGAAUAUGGGACAAACUGCCGAAGACCUGCAAUCGAGUUGUGGAAAUUAGAAUCGCGUCCACUCAUGACGCAUGGAGAGGCCGAGGACUGAUGCGUGUGCUUUGUGAGGAAACUGAACGCAUAGCAAAGGCCGUGGGUGCUUCUGCCCUGCGCAUGGACACGACUUCAGCGUUCUCCGCCGCCGCGGCCGAGCGCCUCGGCUACAAGCAAAUGUACAGCGUCUUAUACAGUGAUCUUGACUAUGCACCGCAACCCCCUGCACCCCAUCUCGAGGCUAGAGUUUAUAUUAAACAAAUCUAAACAAUACAGCAGAGAAAUAUUACGUUCUAUUUAAUGGUAGUGAAUUUUUGUAACGAAAUUGUACAUAGCAUAAUGAAUAUGUCAGUUGUGUAACGUACAAACUAGAUACGAUUCGUUCGAUAGCUGCGAAAAUUCCGCAAAAAAUGUUAGGUCAUAUCUAGUUUGUAGAUUUCAAAAUUCAAUAUGGUUACAAAAACCCGUCCCACAUCAAUGUAAAUUAAGUCUUAGCCCGCAACUCAUAAGACGCAAUUAAACUCAAACAUACCUAACAUUGUUACGUACCUACCUAAUAUUUGAAACUACACACUUAUAUAGAUACUUAGCUCCCUGGAAGCUAAAUAAGUUUUUUUUAAAUAUUAUCUAGGCAGCAAACACGUUACCGUCGCCUAUGAAUGCCUGCAACGGACGUCACGAGCGCGUUGCCGACCCUUUAGGACCCUACUCAAACCCCUUUUGAAGGAGUUCAUGCUUAUUCCUGCGGGAAAACCCCGACAUUCCACAACCUAAUGCAUGGGAGAAAGCUUCUUUGAAACCGUACAGUACGAGAUCGACUCGGUUCCAGAGUGUGAGGAUGGACUUCCUCCGGUGGCGAGCGGUGCGAUGAUAAAAUGUUGCCGUUGGCAUCAUGUCAAACAGUUCUUCAGAACAUUGGCCAUUGUACAAGCGAUAGAACAGGCAUAGGAAGGCAAAACCUCUCCUCAAAGACAG